GGGACAGAAGCCUCAGAAUCGUGUAAUUUGCCUCGCAAAACAAGUUGAGAAAUUCUCUAUUGUGUGUCUGUGCUGCCCUAGUGUGCGUGUCGGUGGGCCGCUAUAGUCGCAAUAGUUCAAAAAAUUAGUGAGCAAGCGCCGAGCCAAGUGAAAGUGACCCUAAAGCAAAAGCCAAAGAUACUGAAAAUAAGUGAAAACCUUUAAGAUAAACACAAUCAAAUAGCAAACAUGUCGGACAAUGAGGAUGUUGUUGGUGCCGCUGAGGAGCAGACCAAGACAAGCCCCGACUCGGUACCAGCCGCCGAUGACGAUAGCAAGACCAGCGUCGUUACGGAACGCACCGAGGAGGUGAUACCCGGCGAGACCGAGAAAAUGGUCACCGAAAGCAUUGACGAGGACGGCGACGUUGUUGAGGAGACAACUGAAGUAACCCGCAAGACCGUCAAGCGAACCAUGAAAAUAACUGAGACUUCGUCCACCACAAAGACAACAACGCUUACUACGCCGGCCAAACUAUAUGGCAAGGAUUUAAGCGAAUACGAUGAUGUGGAUGUGGAGAGUCUAUUGGCGCAACUGUCGCCCGAGGAGAUAACCAUACUGGCCAAAGAGGUUGAUCCUGAUGACAACUUCCUGCCACCAGAUCAGCGCUGCAGCUACGAGUGUACCAAGGAUGCUACCGGGCCGCUGAAUCGCAAACAGCUCAUCGAGCAUAUUAACAAGCAGGCAAUCGAGACGCCCGAUCAGCCGGAGUUUGAGCCCUAUGUGCAGGGCAAGGUGCGCGGCAAGAAGUGGGUGCCACCACCACGGGAUGCGCGUGAUAUUGAGGCGGAGGAACAGAUCGCCAUUGACAUGGGCGAGGAGUAUGAGCAUGCUCUAAGUGAUGCCACGCAGGAGGAAAUUAUCGAUUUGGCUGCCAUUCUUGGCUUCCACUCGAUGAUGAAUCAGGAUCAGUACCACGCCUCGCUACUGAACAAGGGACAGCCGGUUGGCUUGGGCUGGGAUGGUAUUACAAAGUCCACACAACAGAAGUUGUUCCCCAUGGAUCCGCCCAACAGCACAGAUGUGGAGGAGUCAAUUAAGCGCGUCAAGGACGAUGAUAACAAGCUAGUUGACCUGAACUUGAAUAACAUUAAGAAUAUAUCCGAUGAGAAGCUCGAACAACUUUUUGACGCACUGCCUCAGAAUGAACAUUUGGAAGUUCUAUCGCUGACGAACGUCGGACUGACCGAUAAGACAGCUCUCCUGCUCGCCGAAGCUAUCGAGAAAAGCAAAACCCUGAGAGUAUUAAAUGUUGAAACCAACUUUCUCAGUCCGCCCGUAAUUGUCAGACUAGUGCAAGCUCUGCUCAAAUGUCACACCAUCGAGGAGUUCAGGGCCUCCAAUCAGCGAUCCGCGGUGCUUGGAAACAAGAUUGAAAUGGAGAUCACUAAUUUGGUGGAGAAGAACCCAUCGUUACUGCGACUUGGCUUGCACCUGGAGUUCAACGAUGCGCGUCAUCGCGUGGCCGCCCAUCUGCAGCGCAACAUCGACAGAAUCUUCCGGGUGCAAAAACUUAAACCCAACUUGCCCAAACUGAUAUUGCCCAGCAACAUGGAGAUUGAACGUGAUCUGGCUCAGUCGGCAACGCCCUCGCCGUCGCCAUCGCCCUCACCAUCGCCACAGCCACCGAUCGAUUAUGAUGUGGAGGUCGAUCCCGAUAACAUGGUCAUAAGCGGCGGCGGCGGUGAUGCCUACGAUCCAGAGAUCGAUCCUGAUAAUAUGGUGGUGCCCGGCAGUCGGGCCGCGACGCCCAACUAUGACGACGAGGGCGUCUACCAAGCGCACACGAAUUAAACUGCGAUGUACAAUUUUUAAGUGAAACUAAAAACACAAAUAAAUAAAAUAACAACCUCAGAUAACUGCAAUAUAAAACUAAAAGCAAAACCUAUUAAAAAGUAAAAUAUAGCCAGAAUUACUGCUACAAAAAUGCCGUAGACCAAAAUGUCUAAGCUCUUUUUAUAAUUCAACUUGCAACAUCAAAGGCAGCAUCACACGAACAACAGCAACAACGACAAUAGAGCCAAACAAGAAACCACUUGUAAAUCCAUCUAGCAUAACUCUCAGCGCAAAGCCAUGUCGAACAGUUGUACGUGUGAACCGCCUCAAUCAGCGUAAAUAAAAAGACAAAACAUGCCACAACCAACCAAGCAACCAAGCAACCAACCAAUCAACAACAUCAGCAACAACCUUUUUGUGUGUGAGCGUGUGUCUUGUGAAUUGUUUUAUUGUCCAAUUAUGUACGAAAUUAA